AUGGCCGCUUCUCUUCAGCUUGCUGAUAUGUUCAGCGUCAAGAACAAGGUGGUUGUUGUUACUGGAGGUGGCACGGGUCUUGGUAAAGCUAUUUCACAAGCUUUUUGCAGCAAUGGGGCCAAGGUUUAUAUCACUGGCCGUCGCCCUGAAGUUCUUGAGAAGGCUGCCGAGGAGUUGAUGGCCAAUGCAUCUCUUGGCGGAGAAGUCAUUUGCAUACCGGGCGACGUCGGGACGAAAGAUGGCUGUGCCUCACUUGUGAAGCAGAUUGGGGAGAGGGAGCAGCAUAUUGACUGCCUCGUCAACAAUGCUGGUGUUUCCAGACAGAUCGACUACCCUGCAUGGGAUCAUAAUGACCCUGAGCAAGUUGAAAAGGCCUUGUGGGAGGGCGUGGACGAUGAUCAUUUUACAUUCACAAACUCUGUUAAUGUUAACGGUGUAUACUUUACGACGGUCGGCUUCGUUCCGCUACUUCGCAAAGCUGACGAUCCAAAUGUAAUUGUCAUAUCGUCACUUGCUGGCCUCGCCAACCAGAGAGCUAUGGGAUCGAUGACUUAUGCCCUUUCGAAAGCCGCAUUUGAAAUUGAUUCUAGACAUGCAAAAAAAAAAAAAAAAAAAAAAAAGGCCGGAUACAGAGCACUCGCUAUUUGCCUGUCGGACCAGAGUUUCAGUAUGAGGAUUAGGGUCAACUGCAUCCUUCCCGGUAUAUUUCCUACGGAAAUGACUACAACAAACAAUACCAGCAAUGAAGAAUCAAUGAACAAAUAUGCGGUCAAGGCUGCAAAGCGAUGUACAGCCGGUCGUGGCGGAAGGCCAGAGGAGAUUGCCGGUCCAUGUAUAAUGCUUGCAUCUAAAGCAGGAGGGUAUAUGAACGGUGGUUUUCUCAUGAUAGAGGGUGGUCGAUUCAUGGGGGCCUCAAUCCAUGAUGGUUUGCGCAUGCCAGAGGACACUUAUGUCAACUAG